GCUUUGAUUUCUCACACUUCUCUGCAUAUAACUUUCAAUCGCACAGCUGCCUAAACAUAGGGCCGAACGACCCUUAGAAUCCCUCAAGAACUAAGUUUACAGGGCUCUCUUUACAUUGUAUCCACACUCCGAUCUUCUGUGAUAAGAAUCUCAGAAGUUGCAGGAUAUACGAGUAGUCCAUAUUUGUAUGCACAUCCCUUGUAGACCUCAUCCAGGACCCGCACACCCGCUUUCCUCAAGACUCCCAUAAGUAAUAAAUAGAUCCGGUUGCCCCCGGGCGCGAGAUAUCCCCUUUUUGAGAUGGAGGAGCAUCGCAGCACGAGGAUUGAGUCUAGUACAGGGUUUGAAGAUAUCUCCAGAUCGAAUUUAGAAACGGAGAUUGAUCGGGAUCACUCGAACAAUAUUGUCGGCACGAAGUCGGACACUGAGGCGGAUAUAUUCAUACCGAAUUCCAGAAUGGAUACCGGUAGAGCAUCGAAGGAGCAUGGGAAUGUGAAUGAGGGGAAGUGGAACGAUAGCGAUAGUAUCGACACGGAGCCCUUUCCCGGACAGGGCGUCGAUGGAGAGGUGCUAGGAAGCAGUCAAACAACGACUUUGGCAAAGGAUGAUGUCGACGUGGAAGCACAAGGCGAGAGGGAAAAGGAAGAUGCGUUGAGAUUAGAAAGGGAGAAGGAAGAACAAGAUCCGAAUCUGAUAACUUGGGAUGGACCGGACGAUCCUGAGAAUCCGAUGAAUUGGAAUACGAAAAAGAAAUGGAUCAUAACUGUCAUCUUGGGCUUGAUGACUUUUGUCGUUACUUUCGCGUCGAGUGUUUUUAGUACGGCUACGAUUGUAGUUGCGGAGUUGUAUGAUGUUUCAGAAGAAGUUGCUGUCUUAGGGACGUCAUUGUUUGUGCUGGGUUUUGGUGUUGGUCCUUUGAUAUGGGGACCGGGAUCCGAACUCUUUGGCAGAAAAGUUCCCCUCUUCUUCGGCUACGCCUGUUUCGCCAUUUUCCAAAUCCCCGUCGCUGUAGCACAAAACCUCGCAACUAUCAUGGUUUGUCGAUUCCUCGGUGGAGUCUUUGCUUCCGCUCCAUUAGCGAUUAUCGGGGGAGCAUUAGCGGACUUCUUCGGCCCGGUCGAUCGAGGUGUUGCGGUUUGCGUUUUCGCCGCGGCAACUUUUAUCGGUCCAAUUGCGGGACCAAUUGGGGGUAACUUUAUCACUCAAUCGCAUUUGGGUUGGAGAUGGACUGCUUGGAUCACGAUGAUUCUCGCUGCCGGUUUCGGAACGAUAGGUCUAAUCUUUGUGCCCGAGUCUUCUCAUCCAAAGAUUCUUCAACAGCGGGCUGCAAAACUGAGAUUUGAAACGAAGAACUGGGCAAUUCAUAGCAAAGCUGAUGAACUCAAACUCACCCCCCACACAAUCUUACAAACCUAUCUCCUCCGCCCCUUCAUCAUGCUCUUUCAAGAACCGAUUCUCCUCCUCAUCACCCUCUACAUGGCCCUCAUCUACGGCAUUCUCUACCUCUUCUUCGAAGCCUACCCCAUCUCCUUCCAACAGUCGCGCGGCUGGGCCCCCGGCCUCAGCGCCCUCCCCUUCAUCGGAAUCCUCAUCGGAGUCCUCCUCGGCGCCGGAACCAUUUCCUGGGUCACCAAGACCCGCUUCGCGCGCAAGUUCGAAAAACACGGCAAGGUCAUCCCCGAAGAACGUCUCCCCCCCAUGAUCCUCGGUUCCAUAAUCCUCCCCAUCGGACUCUUCUGGUUUGCCUGGACCUCCAACCCCAACAUCACCUGGGUUCCACAGGUCAUCUCGGGUAUCUUCAUCGGGUGGGGUAUCUUGAUGAUUUUCUUGCAGGGCUUGAAUUACAUCAUCGAUGUCUACAUGUGGCACGCAAAUUCGGCCAUCGCCGCUAAUACGUUCCUGCGAAGUUUUGCGGGCGGUGGAUUCCCGCUCUUUGCGCAGUAUAUGUUUAAUGGAUUGGGAGUGGCGUGGGCAACGAGUGUAUUGGCUUUUGCAUGCGUGGUUAUGAUGCCCGCGCCCGUGCUAUUUUUUCUGUACGGAGCGAGAGUGAGGAAGAUGAGUAAAUUUAGUCCAAGUGCUUGAGUGGGCCACGUACGAGAAUCUAAGCUGGGAAUGACUUGCAUGAAAACGGCUGGAUUGAUGGAAAUAAAAAAAGGAGGAAACGACAUGAUAAAUGCGCCAUGAUCAUACAUACAUACAUGCAUAUAUUGAUGGUCUCGAGAUGAGAUCAUGCUUUUGCAUUUGUGUGAUGCACUACGUAUGAGUUUGAGUUGGAGAUAUACCAGUGUGAUAUUUUUGAAGCAUUUGCAUAGCGAGGAGUUAUAUUGACAGUAUUAGAGGCACAUAUACACGCAUAAAACCGUAUAUGUCCAGAUGGGUAGGUAGAUCACCACUAUAGAUAAAUACUGUAUACAAACAGAUAGAAAUAAUUAAUUAAAUAAUAGUAAGA